UUGAGCCCAAAUGAUAAACUGUCAUGGGUAAUACAGCCGUGAUAGGUGAACAUGGUAGUAUUACUAUUAUUAGAAAUCAUUUAGCUAAAUGUCCACGCUAUAUUUGUAAGAAGCUUAAAUGGAAACUUUUCUAAAUAAUAUAUGCGUAUAUUGAUUUCUAAAUCAUCAACGUAAAUGACUGAAAUUAAUAUAAAUGAUAAAUGGAAAUAUGAGUAUAUAUAUAUAUAUAUAUAUAUAUAUAUAUAACGCCAACGUACGUAAAUACGUAUAGAUCACCACGAAGGCAACUAGGAAAGUAUACUCCUAGUGUAGCAUAUUCCAAAUGAUAUGCCGUCGAAUUUAAUAUGUUCUCAUGAUAUUAAACAUAUUGCCAUUUUCUGUUUUAAAAAGAUUUAAUUUGAAGAUCAACUUUAUAUAUUUGUUUGUCUCAUCUUCUUCUUGGAUUAUAAAAUUAAUUUCCCUUCCUUUUUUUCUACGCAUAUUCUCCCUCUCUCGCGCACAGUCAGACACACACACACCCACUUCACGAUAUAUAUAUAUUUUUUGAACAACCACACUUCACGGUAUAUAAUAUCACACACCUAGCUUUUUGCCUUCUUCGAGUUUUUUUUACCGGCGACUUCUUGAACAUGGUUUUGUCGUUGCUCGCGCACUGAAGAGAAAAAAACAAUAUAUCGCUGCCUUUACUGUUUUAAUUUAAAUAAAAUAUAAGUUUUUUCUUCCGCUGAGUUCUAAAUUAAACUUGGAUAUCCCCUGCAACUGAGGGUUGAUACCUUUCAAACUUGUGAUUAUUAAACAUUAUUUUUAAAUUUCUGUAUUUUAUAUUCAGUCCCUCGUCAUCUCUUUUUGUGUUUUUUCGUUUAUAGUUUUUUAUUUACAGAUGGUGAAGAAGAGGAAGAAGAAAAAGAAGAGAAGAGAAGAGAAGAGAAGAGAGGAGAGAGCUUUAAAAUCCUAUUUUUAGGGUUUGUCUUCCCAUAGAGGAAAUGUCAACAAAGGCUUAGAAGCAGAGGGAGAGACUUUAAUUUUACCAAGAAAUGAUGACGUUAGGAGAUGUUCACACCGGUAGGUUUGGAGCAAACUCAAGCAGUUCUAGGCCAAGGAAGGUUCAAAUUCAUGGCUACAAGAUACCGGAUCUGAACCUAGAUCCUUGUUUGGAUUGUGAUGAAGAAGAAACAAGAGAAGUAGUAGUUGGUAAACAUCAGGAUGCAGAUUAUGUACAAAACGUUCCUCAGCUUGCUUACGAGCUAGAGGUCGAGAUACUCUCACGCGUCCCGCGUUUCGAGUAUUGGAAACUAAACCUUCUAAACAAACGUUUCUCGCGUUUGCUAAAAAGCGGUGAGAUAUUCAAGGUGCGGCGAGACCGCGGCGUGGUGGAACCAUCUGUCUUUAUGCUGUCAAACGGCGACACGAGGUGGACCAUGUUCGAUAAGGACUUUGAGAAGUUUCAGAAAGUUCCGGAGCUUCCUUCUGACAUGUGCUUCUUCCGUGGAGACAAAGAAUCGCUUUGCGCCGGAACGCAUUUGAUCGUCACUGGGAAAGAGGAGAAGAGCAUUGCCUUGUGGAGGUACGAGGUUGAGACGAGCAAGUGGUUCAAGGGUCCUGCGAUGAUCACGCCAAGGAUCUUGUUCGCCUCAGCUACUUGUGGGACCGUUGUGUUUGUAGCUGGAGGGUUGGACGCGUCUUUAGAAGUCGUGAGCAAAGCAGAGAAGUACGAUUCUGAGACUAAAACGUGGACGCGUCUCAACGCAAUGCACAAGCGGAGGAAGUUCUGUUCUGGCUGUUACUUGCGAGGCAAGUUUUACGUCAUCGGUGGGAGGGAUGAGAGAGAUCAAAACCUAACUUGCGGAGAACGUUACGAUGAGGGAACGGAUACUUGGGAGCUAAUACCGGACAUUCUUAAAGACAUGUCUUUCUCUUCUGUUCAAUCUCCACCGCUCAUCGCGGUAGUGAAUGGAGAUCUUUACUCUCUGGAAACAUCUGCGAACGAGCUUCGCGUUUAUGACACAAACGCAAACGUUUGGAAGAGGCUUGGAGAUGUGCCUGUGAGGGCCAAGUCUAAUGGAGGAUGGGGCGUUGCGUUUAAGUCGCUCGGGGACAAGUUGCUUGUGAUUGGAGCAUCGUCGGGACCGUCUAGGACCGAGACGAUGUCGGUUUACACGUGUAGUCCGUCCGCUGAUCCUAAGGAGAAGCUGGUUUGGGAGGAGUCUAAACGCUGCUGUGGUGUUCGGCUCAGCCAUUUUAUCCUAAAUUGUUGUGUGAUGAUUGCUUAAGGGUCUUCUCUAGAGAAAUUAGGGUCACUUUCGGUUAUGUGUGUGUGUGUUGAAUAAGAUAAGUUGUGGCGUCCCUAAACGCUGAAACUUUAAUCGCUUUUGCGGAUUGUCUUUCUUGUUCGGCGUUUUGCGUCUUGUGCGUUUUAGUAAACGCCGGUUUUUCUUCGCUUUGUGAUAUAAACUUCAGCAUUUGUAUGUUUCAACUUUCAAGUAGGCAAUGACAUUUGUAACUGAACCCGAGAUCCGAACCAAUCUAAAAAAAAAAAACUGAAAUCAUAUAUUUCCGAGCUAUAAAAAGUCCAAAAUGAAUUUU